AUGAAUAUCAAAAGUCUUCUUGAUAUCUCGACGCCCCUAAUUCUAGAUGGCGGAAUGUCAACAGAGUUGCAAUUUUCCUUUCAUAAAGAUAUCUCAACCCAUCUCUGGUCUGCUGCUUUAUUGUACGAAGAUCCAAAGGCCAUUUUUGAUGUUCAUACAUCCUACCUGAACGCCGGGGCAGAUAUCAUAACCACUUGCAGCUACCAGGCUUCCGCACAAGGCUUUAUCAAAGCCGGAUUUUCGCCAGAACGCUCUACAGAGUUGAUGCACCGAUCAGUUUCUCUCGCGGUUGAAGCGAGGGAUCAAUUUUGGUGUUCAUAUCUGCAACGUAACGAAAAAAGCAAGAAUACUGAUGCACGCAUCAAACCACUUAUAGCCCUUUCCAUCGGUCCAUAUGGUGCGAUCCUGGCUGAUGGUUCAGAGUACACCGGAAAUUAUGGUUCUGGAGUCACCAGCUCAACGAUCCUCGAGUUCCAUCGGUCACGUCUGGAAACAUUUCUUCCAAAAUUUCCCGAGAUUGAUUUAAUCGCAUUCGAAACGAUUCCUUCGUUGCAAGAAGCCGAAGUUAUUUGUAAAUUAUUGAAUGAUCAAAGGUAUCAGAAAGCAGACCUAUCCCCUAAUCAAUCCGUUCCACCAUUGCUCCCAUGUUGGAUUUCAUUUUCUUGUAAAAAUGGUUCGUUGGUUUCACACGGAGAAGAAUUGAUCAGUUGCGUUAGAUUGUGUUGCAAGGUGGAAUGUAUUGUGGGCGUUGGCAUCAACUGCACCAAGCCUAAAUCUAUUGCAAAUUUGGUUAGUAUCGUGCGUGAAGAAUUGAAUGCGCUCGGGAAUUCUGAAAAAUUUGUAAUUUGUUAUCCUGACGGAGGAUGCAUUUGGGAUCCCGUUAGAAAGGUUUGGGAUUUGAGUACAGGAUUGAGUCCAGGUGAAUUCGGUGAUCUCGCAAGAACUUGGAUAGAAAAAUCCGGCGAUAAAAUGAAACUCUUGAUUUGGCUAGGGGGAUUCAAAAUGGGUUUAACGGCUCGAUAUUCUCAUUCGGGAAUCUCGCUUCCCGUUCUUCCUUACACCUAUCUUUCACAAGUUCCUUAUGCGAAAGCUUUAAGACUGCAGAAGAUUUUAGUUCAACGUCGUUUAGAAACUAAAAAUGAACUUCUACCGGAUCUACUCUUACUACUACAACACCCCCCCACCUAUACGACCGGAAGAAGGGACAGAGCUAAAGAUAGCAAGGAAGAUGAAUUAUCCUAUCCGCUCAGACAUUACGUGGAGGUCAAACAACCUUCCACGGCCCCGGACAGUUAG